ACUAUCUCUUAUACAUAUCACCUGUUUAUUACGUAUUAAUUCCGAUUAUUUUAAAUUAAUAUCAAGUACAUAAUAAUCUUCUUGGUCAAAUUUUACGAAAAGCAUUUGCAUAUACGAAUUAAGUACGUUAUAGAAUGACUCAAUGGCUUAUCAUAACCUCUAGUUUCUUACAAAGGGACUCUUUUUUGCAAUUACUUCCCAUUUCCGGUUUACUGCCUAAAUAGUGUAGAAUGAAUGACAUGUAGGAAUCAAAGUAGAUCUUUGUACCUUUUAAAAUAUGUGAUAUACUGUAUAGAUAUUAAUCUUAAGUAAUUUAUUUACAUUUUAUACUGUGCAUAAAGUACUUAAUGUUAUGAGUUACUAUACAGAAUAAUCGCACUUAAGAAAAACGAUAAUUUGCAAGGAAAUAAAUAACCGAAGUUAAACAAAAGAAAAAAACUACAACUCACUUAUAUUUGUAUUAUUAUUACAAUUUCUUUAAAAAUUUUUGAAAUGCAAUAUAAAACAUUGCAAGUAAUUUGUAUGGUAUAAUCAUUUAUAUUAAAUAUGAAACAUAUUUUUAUUUGAAUUUAAUGCUUACAAGUAUUUAUCAUCGAGUACAAAGUUUAUUUGUAUAUUAAAUAUUCUGGAAGUGAUAAACUACAGAAAGACUGUUUAUUUUCUACGUAAUGAUUUAAUUUAUGAAGCUAUUAGUAAAAUGUUUAGGUAGAAGUAAGGUAUAUGUUGAUAUUAACAUAAUCUGUAGGAUUAUUGUAAUAAUUUUCAGUGUGAUAAUAAAAGAGUUAUGUCAUAAUCCAUGAACGUUUAUUAAUUUCUUAGUUAGCAAACAUCAACAAAGAUAUGUACUCCAUAUCUUUAAAUGACCUUUGGAUUGAUUCUCAUAGUUUAAAUGAUGUAAUCUAUACUGUAAAAAUUGUUAAUACUUACGAAUAUUAGAAUUCACUGGUGUAUUAUAUUUCGAUUAUAAUUUCUCAAUUAAAAUCAUAUUUAGAUAAAAGUGAUCUUAAUUUAGAGAGAAUUAACAAUAAUCCAGAUACAAUAAGUUAAGUUAAACAAUGUCAUUCGUUUCUUGCAACCUUCGUCGCAUGUCAACUGCAUCAAGAGUGUUAGAAAAAUCAAAAGUCGUUUCCCCUAACCUGUCACCGUUUAUACGCUGCAAAUCUGAUGAUGUAGUUGUCACUAUUGGUGAUGUUUCAAAGCAAGUCAAAGCUGCGAAGAAUCCUGAAUACGUACCAAGAAAGUAUUUAUUAAAGGCAUCUACUCAAGACUCAAUGAGACACUUAAGAUGGAUGCUCCAAAAGGAUAUUUUAUCCCAAGAUAUUUUUUUAAUGGGUAGUCCAGGAAUUAGAAGAAGAGAAUUAGCUCUAGCAUUUCUUGAACUCACUGGAUGUGAAUUAGAAUUUAUUGCACUAUCAAGAGAUACUACUGAAGCAGAUUUGAAACAAAGGAGAGAAAUUAAAAGCGGCACUGCUUACUAUCAUGAUCAGAGUGCAGUGAGAGCAGCAACAAAUGGAAGAAUUCUCAUUAUCGAAGGUGUCGAGAAAGCUGAACGAAAUGUGCUUCCCGUUUUAAAUAAUUUAUUAGAAAACCGUGAGAUGCAUUUAGAAGAUGGUAGAUUUCUUAUCCCUGCAACACGUUAUGACAAGUUACUUGAGGCGCACAGCCAACAAGAAUUAGAUGCUUGGCGACUUGUCAGAGUUAGUGAAGACUUCAGAGUUAUUGCAUUAGGUUUACCAUCGCCACGAUAUCCUGGACAUUCUCUCGAUCCUCCUCUUAGAUCUAGGUUUCAAGCGCGGCACAUUCCACCACCGAAGUUCGAAGAUCAGUUGGAAACUUUGAGAAACUUAGUCCCAGACGUCGAUAAGGGGAAAUUGUCUCAACUAUUAUCAUGCGCGCACGCUUUGGUCACGCAAGAAGCUAUGUCCUUAGGUCUUCCAGAUUUUCCAUUAGAUAAUCUAACGUCAGCUGCUAUUAUAAUGGACAAGUGCCCGCACCUGUCGGUAUUGGACGUGUUUUACAGGUUCUAUCCGUAUAAAUUGUUUCUGGGGAAAGAGGGUCAGACAGCCGUCGAAGAUAUACUUUCAACCUUUAAUAUCCUGGAUACAGGGACGAACGAUGCUAAGGUUACACGACGUGUAAGCGUAAACGAAAAAACGAACGAUUCGUUGAGCGUUACGAUACAACAUGGCAACGUGAAAACCACGCUGAAUGUUCCUUGUGGUUCCAAAGAUAUAAACGACAAUGCAAAACAAAAUAAAUACGUAGAGACGAAUUACCAGAAUAACUUGUUGGCAAGCAUGCUGGAGUCGCACUUGGUUGGGGACUUGUGUCUGAUUGGUCCAAAAGGUUGCGGGAAAUCUACAACUGUGCAGACGUUGGCCGAUUUAAUGGGGUACCAAGUCGAACCUGUGGUACUUUAUCAGGAUAUGACAUCCAGAGAUCUGAUACAACAACGAACCACUCUGUCCAACGGCGAUACCGUUUGGAAAGACUCGCCACUGGUUGACGCGGCCCUGCAAGGGAAAUUGGUGAUAUUGGAUGGAAUUAAUAGGAUCCAUCCUAGUACUCUAGCUGUAUUGCACAGAUUGGUUCACGAUCGUGAAUUACAGUUGCACGAUGGCAAGAGACUGAUCAGGGCUGAUCGUUACGACGAAAUAAAGAAGGAAUAUAAUAAGUCGGACGCAGAUUUGCUGGAUUCGGGGGUGUUGCGUAUCGAUCCUUCUUUCAGAAUCAUGGCUUUAGCGGAAUCGCCGAUAAUUAAUAAUUCUUCGGGCCAGUGGUUGAACUCGGAGCUGCUCAGCUUGUUCGUUUUCCAUGAAAUGAGACCGCUGGCCAAGUCGGAGGAGCUCCAUGUCAUCCGAUCGAAGUACGGGGAACCCUCCGACGCGUUGUCGAGCAUUUUAGAGCUGGCGCACGUACUGCGAUCCUCCGGUGAUCCAACGCUGCAGUCUCUAGCUGGAUCCCUUAGUACUAGACAACUUCUGAGGAUAGCCGGGAGAAUGCAUAAGUUUCGAACGAGCGAUGCCUACGAUGCUGUGCAACGCGCUUGUUUGGCUCGUUUCUUGCCAACGGUGGCGAAACAGGCUCUGGAAGAUUGUUGCAAACGAGUGGGUAUUGUUCCAACGAAAAGCGUUCCGAACGAGGACAUUAAGUGCGAAAUUAUGGAGAAUACCGUACGAAUCGGAAACACGGUGGUGGAUCGAUACAGCACGAAGGCGCUAACGAAAGUCCCUGACAUUCUGUUUUACGACGUGCCUCAACACGUAGCCCUCUUGGAGAGCUUGCUUCAGGACUUCAGUUUGGGCCAGAAUCUCUUGUUAGUGGGGAACCAAGGUGUAGGCAAGAACAAAAUCGUCGACAGAUUGUUGCAGCUUCUGAAUAGGCCACGCGAGUACGUACAGCUUCACAGGGACACGACUGUUCAAACUUUGACGCUACAGCCGAUGGUUAGAGACGGUAAAGUGGUCUACGAAGACUCCCCUCUUGUGCAGGCCGUUAAAUUGGGCCACGUGCUGGUCGUCGACGAAGCGGACAAGGCUCCCACCCACGUCACUUGCAUUUUAAAAACUCUGGUCGAAUCCGGAGAAAUGAUACUAUCCGAUGGUAGACGCAUCGUUCCCUCCACGGAUACUGUUGUACAGAAUUCGAACACCAUACCGCUCCACCCGGACUUCAGGAUAAUAGUGUUGGCGAACAGGCCUGGCUUUCCAUUCUUGGGAAACGACUUUUUCGGAGCCCUCGGUGAUCUGUUCAGCACCCACGCGGUCGACAAUCCUAGCAUCGGCAGCGAGAUUCAACUUUUAAAGCGAUACGGUCCGAACGUGGAUGAGAAUAUAAUAUUUAAGUUGGUGAAAGCUUUUGGUGAACUGAGGAACAUGGCCGACCAAGGGUUGGUUUCGUAUCCGUAUUCGACUCGAGAAGUCGUUAACAUUGUGAAGCAUUUAGAGAAAUUUCCACAGGAAUCACUGGCUAACGUAGUGCGAAACGUAUUCGAUUUCGAUCGAUACAGUCAAGAGGUUUUCGAUACUUUAGUGUCCGUUCUUCACAAACAUGGGAUUCCUAUUGGGACAAGUCCCACUAAUGUCGCGUUAGCGAGAGAAAUAUCUUUGCCAACAGAGAAGGUGUGCGCUCUUUGGAAUAUCUCGAACGAGCGAACAGUGUUGCCCGUUCAAGAAAGAUAUAUCAAGUUAAAGUCGCCCACGAGUUUGAAGCAAAACGUUUUGCCUUUAGAUCGCGUCGAAGCUAGAUCAGCAUUAUUCACCGAAUUGCAAAAUUACUGGAACGUGCCAGUCGAUGAAAACGGCGUGGUCGCAUCUUUGACAGUUGCCAAAGGCGCGAACGCCAAUGGUACCGAUGACAGCAUUCACAUUCUUACGACCAAUCCGUUAAAAAUCUAUACCAUGAGUCUGAAUUCAGACACGAUUCGGGAAACUGUGAUACAUGGCUUGGUGAAUCCUGAAAGAGGUAGCAGACCCAUGUUCGCAAUAUCGACCGAUAAUAAUCAGAAUGUCUUGGUGCACGAAGAAACUAGUAACGUUUUGCUACUGGUCGAUGUUAACAACAAAUCUGCUCGACAAAUGCAGUUGUCAUCCUUCUUCGAUAUAGCGUCGGAUAAACUAUCGAAUGCCUUUAGAAAUAGAAGCCUUCUCUGGAAGAUGAAGACCGAUUUGACGCUAUCUCGCAAUCAAAUCGUUUUCUACACGUUCAAUUCCGAUAAAAUAGAAGUGUUCGACUUACAUUCCUCGUGUGCUUACACGAUUACUUUACCGUUCGACGUGGAGUCAGUUUUGCUUCCGUCCGAGAAGAAAUGGCUGAUUCAAGAUAUGUCGAGAAAGAAGUACAUUCUCACGAAAUCCGCAGAUUCGUCCCCGUGUCCAAACGUUUUACAAGCUGUGCGAGAAUCUAACGAUAGCCACUUGAAAUCCGGUUCAUUUCUGAGUUGCAGCAAGAAUGAUUUGAGCGCCAGCGUGCUCGGCGCCGCUCUAGAACAGAAGAUCGAUUCGCCGAACAGACUUGUAGUGACAGACAAUACCUACGCCAGUAUCGCCGUUGGAUUUCCUGAUUUAGAUAGCACCAAUGAAUUGCAUAUUUGGCCUAGGACACAGCGAAGCAGAAGUUUUACCCCGCCUAUAGUUACGGAGGGUGGACAAGUUAUUAGAACGAUUGUACCGGAAGAAGUGCCGGAUGGUGUUUUUCCCAAUGACGCGAGACAUUUGGGAGUCGCUGGUUAUUUGGAAAUCGUUGACACCGUGAACCAUAAGUUGCGUUUCAUACCGAUACCUGAACCAGUCAAAGUAUCACCCGUGACUCAAUGGUUGUACGCAACCGGUUAUCCUUUGUACGCUGCGCCAACAUCGGCGCAGGAUCUGGUAACGGUAGACUCGGCAGGAUGUGUUCGACUCUGGGAAACGUCUUUGGCGAAUAUCGAAAGAUCUUUGGGAGCCUGGAGAAGUAUGGUGGGAGGCGACAACGAAAGAUUGCAAAUUACGAAGGAGAGGUAUUCCGGAUUGGACGUUAGCGGACCUAAACGUGGAAAAAUUGACGAGAAGAACGAACCUCAUGUCGGAGGAAACACGUGGGCAGGAGGAACCGGAGGAAGGGAUACAGCGGGUCUUGGUGGAAAGGGUGGACCUUAUCGUUUGGAUGCGGGCCACACGGUGCAUCAACUCAGCGACGAAGAAAAGAAUACUGUUCCGGAACACAUAAAAAAAGCGGCGAGGGAAAUGGGUCUCAAAGCGUUUAAGCAGCGCUUGAACGAUAUUAGUAUGAGCGAAUAUGACCAUACACUCUAUUCUCAAUUCAGUAAUCCUGUUCAAAAGCAAGUUCAGGCAUUGAGGAAUAUAAUAGGUAGUCUACAAGCUAAGAGUAAAGAACGCGAAUGGUGUAGACAUCAAACAUCCGGCGAGUUGGACGAUACGAAAUUAAUCGAGGGAUUAACAGGUGAAAGGACGAUUUAUCGAAGAAGGGCAGAGAAAGAACCCGAGCUGGGUACUCCGCCGUCAAAGCCGAAGCGAUUGAAAUUAGUGGUGGACGUAUCUGGUAGCAUGUAUAGGUUUAAUGGAUACGAUGGACGUCUCGAUCGUGAAAUCGAGGCUUGCGUUAUGGUAAUGGAAGCGUUUAGCGGGUACGAAGGAAAGUUUCAGUACGACAUCGUUGGUCACUCUGGCGAUAACUAUCAUAUUGGUUUCGUUAAACAUACUCAACCGCCGACGGAUAAUAAGCGCAGAUUGGAAGUAAUAAAGACAAUGCACGCGCACUCACAGUAUUGCAUGUCUGGUGAUCAUACAUUGGAGGCGACUCACAAUGCAAUCUCGAGUCUCGCUAAAGAGGAUUCCGACGAGUCCAUCGUUGUUGUAUUGUCGGACGCAAAUCUGGAACGUUACGGUAUUCGUCCUGAACGGUUUGCAAAGGUUCUCAUGUCAAACCCGGACGUUAACGCUUUCGCCAUAUUUAUCGGAUCCUUGGGGGAUGAAGCAGUUCGAUUGACCAAGAAGAUGCCCUCAGGUAGGGCGUUUGUUUGCAUGGACCUUAAGGAUAUACCUCGAAUCUUGCAACAAAUAUUUGCUGCUUCUUUGCUAAGUACUACGCGAUCUAAUUGAAGUAUGCCGGUAAAUUUAUACAAUUUUUGUAAUUACUUGUAACGGUUAUCAAGGAAAUAGUGUAUUAUAAUUUAUGCCUAAUUAAUAAAUACCUACGACAUAUGAUGAUUGUAAAUGAUGUAAAUAUAAAAAUAUUUUUAAUUUGA